GGGAUCAGAGGACCAGUGGUCAUGUAGGAAAUCGUAAAUCAUGUGAAGAUGGGACUCUUGGUAUUUGUACGCAAUCUGCUGCUAGCCCUCUGCCUUUUUCUGGUACUGGGAUUUUUGUAUUAUUCUGCGUGGAAGCUACAUUUAUUCCAGUGGGAGGACUCCAAUUCAGUGGUUCUUUCCUUUGACUCCGCUGGACAAACACUAGGCUCAGAAUAUGAUCGGUUGGGCUUCCUCCUGAAGUUGGACUCUAAACUGCCUGCUGAGUUAGCCACCAAGUACGCAAACUUUUCAGAGGGAACUUGCAAGCCUGGCUAUGCUUCAGCCUUGAUGACUGCCAUCUUCCCCCGGUUCUCCAAGCCAGCACCCAUGUUCCUGGAUGACUCCUUCCGCAAGUGGGCUAGGAUCCGGGAAUUUGUGCCGCCUUUUGGGAUCAAAGGUCAAGAUAAUCUGAUCAAAGCCAUCUUGUCCGUCACCAAAGAGUACCGCCUGACCCCUGCCUUGGACAGCCUCAGCUGCCGCCGCUGCAUCAUCGUGGGCAAUGGAGGUGUCCUUGCCAACAAGUCUCUGGGGUCACGAAUCGAUGACUAUGACAUUGUGGUCAGACUGAACUCAGCACCAGUGAAAGGCUUUGAGAAGGACGUGGGCAGCAAAACUACACUGCGCAUCACCUACCCUGAGGGUGCCAUGCAGCGGCCUGAGCAAUAUGAGCGUGAUUCUCUCUUUGUCCUCGCUGGCUUCAAGUGGCAGGACUUCAAGUGGUUGAAGUACAUCGUCUACAAGGAGAGAGUGCCAGGGGAAGAAGACCUUAUUUGGACCCUGGGGCCAUUCCACAGGGAUAGCAGACCCCUCAACUUGAGGGUGCCAGUUCCCAAACUUAGCGCGUCAGAUGGCUUCUGGAAAUCUGUGGCCACUCGGGUGCCCAAGGAACCCCCUGAGAUUCGCAUCCUCAACCCAUAUUUCAUCCAGGAAGCCGCCUUCACCCUCAUCGGACUGCCUUUCAACAAUGGCCUCAUGGGCCGCGGGAACAUCCCGACCCUCGGCAGUGUGGCAGUGACCAUGGCACUACACGGCUGUGAUGAGGUGGCAGUUGCAGGCUUCGGCUACGACAUGAGCACACCCAAUGCACCCCUGCACUACUAUGAGACCGUGCGCAUGGCAGCCAUCAAAGAGUCCUGGACGCACAACAUUCAGCGAGAGAAAGAGUUUCUGCGGAAGCUGGUGAAAGCGCAUGUCAUAACUGACCUAACCAGUGGCAUCUGAGGUGGACCCAGCACGUGGCCACAGAAGUCCAGCCACCGGCACCUGCCCACUUCAUUGGCCUCGGUCUGGCUCUGCCUGAGAGGUGCGGGAGCCUUCAGACCCAGAGAAGGACAGUGCCAAGUGGCCCCAGGGGUGGUGAGGCCUUGGUGGGGCAGCCAGAGCUGUGUCUGCUCAGAGGCCAGCCUCAGAGACCAGCACUAGGCCUCACUCUCAGCCUGGGUCCUUGAAGCCAGAGGGCCAGGAGGCCACUGGCCAUGCCCAGCGGGCCCAGCAUGCAGGAGGCGGACAUUAGGCAGCAAGGCUGCUGCCAGAAUCAUUUCUCCAAUCAGUGUUCGGUGUAUUAUCAUUUUGUGAAUUUGGGGUGGGGGGAGGGUAGGGAUAAUUUAUUUUUCAAUAAGGUUGGAGAUGUCAAGUUUGGUCUACUGGCCGUGCAGAAGGAGACCCACUAAAGGGCCCCUCAGGCAGUGGUACCAAUGGGCUCCCUGUAGAGUGGGAGUGCCAGGACUAGGCUGUGCCCUGCUCCGGGGCUACAGGGAGGUGGGCAGGAUCUCAGGCCAGCCCCCUCCAGCUCAUGACACUGUUUGGCCUUUCCUGGGGAGCAGAUGGGAUAGUCCCGCUCAGCAGCCCCCAGCUGUCCCACAGGGAAACCCUGGAGCCAUCCUUUAAGCCAACAAGAUGCCCCUGGGCUUGAGUGGAGAGAACUUCAGAGCUCGGGCGGUGAGGCCUGGCCCAACCUGAUGGGAAUGCCCCUCCCUCCCCAACUGCAGCCGACCCAUAGGACACUGCCCCAGGCCUGGAGUGACCAACUUGGCAGCUGUUCUGGGUUUCAGCAGUGAGACUGCCAGGUCCUUGGGUUCUGCCUUGAGCCUGGACCAGAGGGAAGUGAGGCUCAAGGACCUCACCCAGGCUGUGGCAGCCAUCCUGAGCAGCCAUCAUGGAAGCAAUAAAG